GUCGCUCGCUUCCUCCUUCCCUCGAGCGCACCAUUUUUCCGGCACAGAAGACUCCGUUAGCUGCUGCGUCCGAAAAGGGAAGAGCUUGCUCUCAGGGCUUCGAUCACUUCGCCAAAAGCGUCAUGUACCGUACUGCAGCUUCGCGCCUCAGGUCUCUUAAGGGCCGAGUGGGGAGCCUAGGAACUCGCAGGUAUGCUACUUCAAGUGCAGUUGCGGCAAGUUCCACCUCAUCGGGUUUAUUUAGUUGGUUGACUGGAGAAAGUUCAAGUACACUUCCUCCUCUAGAGAUACCCCUUGCAGGCAUUACUCCUCCCGAUGCAAUACCGGAUUAUGUCGAACCAAGCAAGACCAAGAUUACUACCCUCCCUAAUGGCGUCAAAAUCGCCUCGGAAACAUCGACAAAUCCUGCAGCCUCCAUAGGAUUAUACAUUGACUGUGGUUCUGUCUAUGAAACUCCCAUCACCUGUGGGGCCACACACCUGCUGGAGAGGAUGGCAUUUAAGAGCACAAGGAAUAGGAGUCAUCUGCGUGUUGUUAGAGAAGUGGAGGCAAUUGGAGGUAAUGUUGCUGCCUCUGCCUCGAGGGAGCAGAUGGGUUACACUUUCGAUGCCUUGAAGACUUAUGUUCCAGAGAUGGUAGAGUUACUCAUUGACAGUGUGAGGAACCCCAUAUUCUUGGACUGGGAAGUCAAUGAAGAGCUACGAAAGGUGAAAGCAGAACUUAGUGAACUUUCUAACAAUCCUCAAGGCUUACUUUUGGAGGCUAUUCAUUCUGCUGGUUAUACCGGUGCACUGGCAAAUCCACUCUUGGCUCCUGAGUCAGCACUAAACCGAUUGGACAAUACCAUAUUGGAGGAAUUUGUGGCUGAAAAUUAUACAGCACCUAGGAUGGUUUUUGCUGCAUCUGGGGUUGAGCAUGAAGAGCUCUUGUCCAUAGCAGAACACCUUCUUUCAGACCUUCCUAAUGUUGCUCGUCCUGCAGAGCCAGCAUCCAAGUAUGUCGGUGGUGAUUUUCGACAACAGGCUGAUUCAGGGAGCACACAUAUUGCUCUUGCUUUUGAACUUCCUGGUGGAUGGAUUAAGGAAAGGGAUGCAGUCAUCUUGACCGUGAUUCAGAUGCUUAUGGGAGGUGGUGGUUCAUUUUCAGCUGGAGGCCCAGGAAAAGGAAUGCAUUCCAGGCUGUAUCUCCGUGUGUUGAACGAGCACCAACAGAUUCAAUCUUUUUCAGCAUUCAACAGCAUUUUCAAUAAAACUGGGUUGUUCGGCAUUUAUGCUAGCACUAGCUCUGACUUUGUGGCAAAAGCCGUCGAUUUAGCUGCAGAAGAAUUAUUGGCGCUGGCAACGCCUGGACAAGUUACUCAAGUGCAACUUAAUCGCGCUAAAGAGUCUACAAAGUCUGCAGUCCUGAUGAAUUUGGAAUCUAGAAUGAUUGUCUCGGAAGACAUAGGAAGACAGAUCUUGACAUUUGGAGAGAGGAAACCCGUGGAGCAUUUUCUGAAGGAUGUUGAGAAAAUCACUUUGGAUGAUAUCACUAGCGUCGCUCGUCGAGUUCUUUCUUCACCGCUGACAAUGGCCUCGUACGGGGAUGUUAUCCAUGUCCCGAGCUAUGAAUCGGUGAGCAGAAGAUUCCAUGCAAGAUGAAGCCCCAGAUCCAUUUCGCGCUCUCCUGCCGCAAUUUUCCACCUGGCUCGCCGCCUGCACACCGUUCAUCUCGUUCCAUCUCAAUAAGGUCUUUUGAGGAAGUUUUGACCUCAAUGCAUUGGAAAGCAACACCCGCGCGCGUUGAUCUCGGAGGAUUCAUUCGUGACUAAGAUUGCUUUUUUAUGAUUUUGGGCCC